GAAUUAUCUCCCUUGACGAAGGAUUUCUUGUUUUGAUUUUUUUUAUAUCCCUUCUAAAAAAACAAAUGAUUAUUGUAUAUGCAUCUUAGUUUAGAAAAUAAUGUAAAACAUCAUGAUUACUAAAUCCAAACAUAAAGAUGGACUAUGUGGGUCUUCCAGAGAGCAGUUACAUGCAAGAAUUGGCAGGGAGCUGUUCCUCUAUACACAGAGGCGUGAACUUGGAUGUAGAAAUUUUUGUUACACUAAUCCUCAUAGGAUUGUAGAUGACUAUGCAUCGCAACUGAUGCCACAGCUGUUUCAGGAGAAAGAAUACCGUCUCGGACAAAUAAAUAAAAUAUUUUCUUCUCAAUGGCUCAAUACAAAACAAAUUGUAUUCGGUACAAAAUGUAAUAAGUUAGAAGUACUGGAUUUAAACACAGGUAACCUGGAUCAUAUACCCUCUUUAAAAAGUAGUAAUAACAGUGUACCUGCUAGUUGUCCAUGUGGUAUUCACAGUAUUGCUGUCAAUCCGUCAAAAACUCUUCUUGCCACAGGAGCUGAAAAUACUAAUGAUUUAGCUGUGUAUAAAUUACCUACAUUUGAUCCAGUUUGUGUAGGAGAGAGAGCACACAAUGACUGGAUAUUUGAUAUUUGUUGGCUGGAUGAUGAAUUUCUUGUAACAGGUUCCCGGGACAGUCAUCUGGGAUUAUGGAGAAUUGAUGGCUUUGAUGACGUUGAUUCAUCACCUCUAAAUAGUUUACAGGUACCUGAGUACAGUAUUACAUCUCCUCUCCUUGUCAAGGAAUGUACGGACGCACGGAAAGUACGAGCUCUAGCUUACCAUGAUGAGAGAAAGGAAUUAGCAGUUUUGUCUUUAAAUGCAUACUUCCAUAUAUGGGAUGUAGAGACAUUUAAAAUGGUAAGUAAUAGCUUCUUAGAGGGUGGUAUACGAUCUGUUAGUUUCCAUGAAGAUAUUAUAACUAUAGGUACUGGUACAGGCCAUAUAUUAUUCUUUGAUCUGAAAGGAGGGAAAUAUCUUGAAAGUGGAUGCGGUUCAUUCUUGUGGCAUUGGUUUCUUGGCCCAAAGUUUCAGUUACAUGAUGAAAACUAUAUGGGAUUCUUCAUGCAUCAAUAUAACCAGGAAUUUCCGAAUGCAAUCUAUACACACCAAUAUGAUGACUCUGGUACAAGAUUAUUUGUGGCUGGUGGACCACUACCUGCAGGAUUAUGGGGAAAUUAUGCAGGAUUAUGGUCUUAGCAUUGCUAAAUGCUAGAUUUUAAACUUUUUUUCUUAUAUACAUAGUGAAGUACAAACUUGUUGUUGUUGUUUUUUUUUCCAUGCAUCAUGCAUCAGUGUUUGAGAAAGAUGAACUUGAAAGAGGAAGUAACAUUGUUUUUGUUGUAAUGAACAGGUUAAUUAUGCAGUUGAGUAGGAAAGUCGAAUAUGAUUAGUGAAAAUUGCAUCAAAAUCAUUUCAGUUUGUACCUAAUACUUACCACCAAAACAUGCUUGAAUAUUUGAUGCAUAUAUGUUAUGAAAUUUUUACAGCUAAAACUUCUUAAUCUUCCACUGACAUUCCUUAAAUGACUCCUUGGCCACAACAUUAAAUUAUUAAAAAAUGAAUACAAAUGAUAAAGGAAGCAGUGUUUGUGAUCCGAUUGCAAUAAUUACAACACUUCAGGGUUGUGGUAUUGUUGCACAAUGUUAACUAAAGGUGCUUAUAAAAAAUGAAAGGAUUCCAAAUUAAAUUUUAUCAAAAAUUAGUCAAUUUGCCUUUUUAUUUGUGUGUGUAAAUAUUAACAUGUUUUUUUUCAAAUGGAAGGGCAUUAGCAUACGAAGUAGAAGUUUUGCAAGAUUAUGUUCCUGCUUAAAAAUAAAACAAUCUAUGGUUGGCAAUUUAUGUCUGCUAACUGUUCAAUAUUUAUUCAGGCUGUGUACAUAAUUUUUUGUUGAAUUUGAUUUAUACAACUCUAUAGAGUGUGGCAUUGAAUCUUAUUUUUUGUAUAAAUUUUAAAGCGGAUUGGUCUACAAUGAGCACAUUUAUCAUAAUUAUUUCAAAUAUUGAUAAGAGUAAAAGAAAUGUAUGAUUAGGAAAUUCUUAAAAACAUAUUGCUUGGAAAAAAAUGUUCAAGUUCUAUAUGAUUCAGUAUGAACAAUAUUAUGAUGAAUAUUAAUAUUAUGAUGAAUAGUAUUUUGUUCUAGGAUACUUUUUAAUCAGCACUAUAAAGAUAUGUAAUAUCGGAUUAUGUAUCUCACACUUGCUGAAAGCUUCCAUAUACAAUUAUUUUGUGGUUUGUUGUUACAUAUGAUACUAAAUACUACCAACAUAAUUAUUUAUGGUUCUACAGACCUUCCAUUAUAGACCAAUUCACUUUAAGGUUGAAGUUCUGCAAUAACUAUCAAGGCUACAUGUCAGUUAUUCAUAAAUAUAUUUAACUGAUACAAAUUUAUUAAUAAAUUGAAAUACCAUAAUUUUGGUCUGAAAUUAGAUAGAAUAACAACACUUGGAAAACAAACACUAAGACUUUAAAGCAAGUUUAAGUUUCAUAUUAGUGUUGGAAGUCAAAUUACCUAAAAAAGUCUAUGGGGAUGAAGCAGGAGAUAAUAUCAUGAACAGUAACUACAAAAUCUGUUUUAAUACAUGCUUUGAAGAAUGAAUCUGCAUAUCAUGCAGUAAAUAAUAUUUUUGAGGUAUUCCCCUAGUUGCAUAUAUACUUUGUAUCAUUUGUUAAUUUUUUUGUGUUUUCUUAAAGUUUGUACAUUUUGUUAUAUUAUUGUUGACAUUGAUACUAUGUUAGUCUAUGUACAUGUAUAUUUAAUUAGAAUUGAAAUCAAUAAUUGUUAUUGGGUCAUUUAAAUGAAGGAAAUGUUUUCCAAACUAACUUAAGUAAUACAAAAUAGGUGUUCAUCUUUGUCGAGGAAUUGGAUAUAUUUUUGUGUAAUUUGUAUCGCUACUUUAUUACUUGUGGGUCAGUUGCCAUGUAUUAAGAAUGUCUUAUAAAUUUUCAGAUAUUGUUUAAUUGUGUUAUUACUGCUGUGAAUGUUAUAUGUUUAUGAGAAUUAUUUCUUGUAUUUAAUAAAAAAUUGGAACAUGAUAUUGUAUGUCCCAGAUGAAUUGCAGCUUAAACUUUGAGGCAUUCACACAGUGUUAAUGUUUGUUCAUAAAAUUGCUGAAAAAAAAAUGUUUAAAGAUAGCUGUACUUUUAUGUCACUUUUGAUGAAAUAUUACCAUUAGCUCAAUUAGUUUAAUUGUUACACUGAUGUAAUAGACCUACUCUGGAAUUAAGAACCUUUUUUGGUUUUUCCUAUCUAAGACAUAGGUACAAACAAACUUUAAGAGUUACAGCUUUAAAAAUAAGUGCAACAGGUUGACUUAUAUAUUGUGACGGGUAGUGCACCGUGAAGCUGUAAGGUAAAAGUUUGUUUGUAUCUACAGAUUAGCUGGGAAAAACCCACAUUUGCCGAGAUCCAGAUAACAUCUAUAAGGUUGGUGGGAAAGUAUUAAAAGGCCAGAAAAAAAAAAAACUGCUCAUGUAUAGGGAAUAAAAUAGAUAUUCAGAUAAGAGUAUAGUCUAGAAAAUGUCAUUGAAUUGACACUCCAUAUAUAUGAAUUUUUAGAUUUGCUCCCUUCCUGUUGGGUCCUUUUAAAGCUUUGCAGUUUUAUUUCACCUACAUUUAUUAUCACCUCUAGAUUUAAUUUACAUUUUUCAAAUAUUGGUAUAAACUACAAUUGUACAUGUGCCUCAUUUAAAUUUUUUGGAUUAGUUUCUAACAUUCAUAUUUGGAGCAGUUAUUUUCUUUAUUUUGACAUUUUAAGAUUUGCAGUGUUAAAUAUGUUACUUAUCAUUAUUAUUUUUUGUUAUUUUUAAUAUUGUUUUAGCUUGAAGGAUGUAAAAUAUUCAUUUGUGUCGAGAAAACUUAUUGUAUAAAAUGUGUACAUAGCAUUUUGGUUUUUUAGAAUUGAUCACAAAUUUACUGCA